UGUGCGCAGGCGCCUUGACGAGUGGUCCGGGUGACGGGGCGCCUUACGUAGCGGAGGUGGGAGACGGAAAUGGAAGGGGCGGGCGCGCUAGACCUCGUCCUGGUUGGGCUCCGGCUGGAGAGCGCGUUGGGGGCGGGCCGGGAGCGGUGGGCUCCGGGGAGGUAGAGGUCGGGGCUCCCACCCGGAUUUGGAGCAGGGUCGCCGCAGCCCGGCUGACCCGCCGGCGUUUGUAUGUUAUGUGCCCACCCAGGGAGCCAUGGACAACUGUUUGGCGGCCGCGGCGCUGAACGGGGUGGACCGACGUUCCCUGCAGCGCUCGGCGAGGCUGGCUCUGGAAGUGCUGGAGCGGGCCAAGAGGAGGGCAGUGGACUGGCAUGCGCUGGAGCGUCCCAGAGGCUGCGUGGGGGUCCUUGCCCGGGAGGCGCCCCACCUAGAGAGACGGCCGGCAGCCGGCCCACAGCGCUUUCUCCUGGGAGAGAGAGAAGAGAGACCCCCAACCCUUAGUGCUUCCUUCAGAACAAUGGCUGAAUUCAUGAACUAUACUUCAAGUCAGUGUGGGAAAUAUUAUUCAUCUGUGCCAGAGGAAGGAGGGGCAACCCAUGUUUAUCGUUAUCACAGAGGCAAGUCGAAGCUGCACAUGUGCUCGGACACAGGGAAUGGUCAGAGAAAAGACAGAAGAAAGACUUCCCUUGGUCCUGGAGACAUCUAUCAAGUGUCAGAGCAUGCUCCAGAGGCAUCCCAGACUGCUGAGAACGUCUCUAAGGACCUCUACAUAGAAGUAUAUCCAGGGACCUAUUCUGUCACUGUGGGCUCAAAUGACUUAACCAAGAAGACUCAUGUGGUAGCAGUUGAUUCUGGACAAACUGUGGACCUAGUCUUCCCUGUGUGAUGUUGACCAUCACCUUUUUUUAAACAGUAAGAAUAAAGCCACUGUAUGAUUCUCUUAAUAGCUAUACACUAAUCCUGUUUUUAGUGCUGACUGGGUCAGCCUUCCCGGGAACUGGAAUCUGUGGCUUUCAGUGUGCCUUUCUUGAGGGUGUAGAAGUCCUCCAUCCUUGUUUGCCUGACAGUAAUCUAAUCAUGCUGUCUGAAGAGAUUUUACUGCUUGCUUUCCAAGUAAAGGUUAAUUAUGAUAAUAAAGAGAUUUGGAAAUGAA